GUGGAUCGCUCUACCUUGAGCCUUGAGCCCGAACCCGAAUCCGAAGGGAAGAGAGAGAGAGAGAGAGAAGAAAGUUUUUGCGCGUUUGUUUAAUAUGUGUGUUAAAUAUUACGCCGUUCAAGAAAAAUGAAUGCUUAUGCAAAUGAGCAGCAGCCAGCGUGGUGCGCGAGAGGACUAGACAAACAAGAAAGAAGUGUUUGCGCGUGUUCGAAAGGAUGACCAGACCCGAUGAUGUGAUGAUGUGUUAUUGCGGUUGAGUUUGAGUUUACGCGUUGUAGAAUUCGGUGGUUUUGAUUGAAAGUUAAUUUGAUGGAUGCUGAUGGAAGGUGUGAUACAAACGGCGGACCGACCGGAAUAGCUGCAUAUAGAAGCAAACUUCUCCGGUUCGAUAUCAGUGAUCAGCAGCAUGUCCGUCUGUUGAAGCGCAGUUUCGGAACGGAAGAUUGCCUCCCGCCGUUGGGUCUUGCAGUGUUGCUGAACAAAGAAGGUAACGACGACGAAGACGAGUGCCAAUCGAGGAAGCAACGGAAGACGGUCAGCACAAUGUCUCUCAACGGUGGUCACAAAGGUCGUAGCCCUCUGGCAAAUGUCUCAAAUAAUGCUCAGCCAGGGAAUAAUAAUCUUCCCCCCGGAGCGGGGUCCAUUCAACAUGGAGCAAAUGAUGCAAACCUGCGGAAGUACUUCAGUGUUGUGAAUGACGAACAGUUCUUCCUAUACAGGAAACCCACCGUAAAGGCCAUAAUGGAGGACCACUUUGUCAGGUUGUCGGAUGAGAUUAUUCUGCACAUUUUCCGUUUCUUGCCUAAAAAGACGUUGAUACGGUGCGGUCAAGUAUCCAAACGGUUCAACCAAGUGUCCCUAGAUGAAACCCUGUGGACUCGGUUGGACCUUUCCUGUCGAUCUCUGCGGGAGGGAGCUCUCGGACGGGUUAUUUCGAGAGGCACUGUAAUUCUAAGACUGGCCCAGGCACACGUGUCCAAUCCGGUGUUCCAAUGCGGCAGCGUAGAUCCCUGCUACGAGACCAAGCUGCAGUUUCUAGAUCUGAGUAUGUGUUCCAUCGAGCGGGAAACCUUGCGCGAACUGUUGUCCCGGUGCCGAUCGCUCCGGAAGCUAAGCCUGGAAAAUGUACCUGUUGACACCGAGUGCUGUCGGGAGAUUGCAUGCAAUGUGAAUCUGGAAGCGCUGAACUUGACCAUGUGCGAGGGAUUGGAGUACUUCAACGUGUCCUUGAUGGUGAAAAAGCUCACCAAACUGCACAGUUUGAACAUUUCCUGGACGCAGCUAUCCCGCUCCACGGUGGACUACGUGGUGACGCACGUGACGCCGAGCUUGCUGCGGCUGAACAUGGCCGGCUGUCGGAAUUCCAUGACGGACGAUGCUCUGCAAAAGCUCGUCGACCGUUGUCCCGAUCUGGUGGAACUGGAUCUCUCCGACUGCACUCAUUUGACUUCGCAGGCUAUGAAGAUGGUCUGUAAGUUGAAAAACCUAGAGUAUCUAUCCCUAUCGCGGUGCUACAACAUCAACGUCACAUCCUAUCUUCAACUGAGUGAACUGGAACCGCUGCAAUUUCUGGACGUCUUCGGACUCCUGUCAGAACCGGCACUGGCCAUGCUGCAGACGUCCUUCCCCGGUGUGGGGAUCAACAAGUUCAUGCACAGUUCCGUGGCGAGGCCCACCGUCGGAUCGCGGCGGACUUCGAUCUGGGGCAUGCGAACACGAGACUGAAUAAACCUUCGUCGGGUGCCAUUGUCGUUAUCAUCGUCGUUGUCGUCGUCGUCCUCCGUCUUCUGCAUUUAUUUCCUACCCUACCUAACGAUGCUUCGAUUGUAAAUAAUGGUUUUCUCACGUUAAUUAUAACUACAAAUUAAACAUUAGAGUCGAAUGAUAGGGAUAUAUGAGUCGGAAGCAGCUCUUUGUUCGUCUAUUGUUCAUAUAAAUACUAA